AUGACGAGCCUCCUCCGGGAUCUCGGGGCGAACCCGACGGUGGUGGAACUGAACGAGGACCCUAGAGGGAAGGAGAUGGAGAAGGCGCUAGCGCGGCUCAUCGGCCGGAACCUGACGUGCCGGCGGUGUUCAUCGGCGGCAGGCUCGUCGGAUGCACCGACGAGGUCAUGUCCCUUCAUCUCGGCGGCAAGCUUGUCCCACUCCUUCGUAAUGCAGGUGUUGUCUGGGACUGCGUGCGAGGGCUUUGUAGAUAUUCGGCCUGAUGCAUUGGGCGCCAGAGAAGUAUGCGUACGUGCUCUGUUAUCCUUUUCUAUGAUGGAGACAAAGGAAACCAUGCAGAGGGCUUGCCAAGGCUCGCGUAGGUGGAGGUCGUCGUUUGGCGUCAUGAUGGCGUCAAUGGCGGAGGAGCAGCCAAGGUUGUCACCUCAAUCUGCUCUGAAGAUGGACCAGUGGAAAAUGGUGGCGACGACACAUGUUUACAUAAAGAGGGAGAAUGCCGGCAGCUGGAAUUCUGGUCUAGAUAAGGAGCAAAUAUUAGAGACCUAUUCUGCGCAACUCCAAAAGUCCUGA